AUGGCCUCACCCUCCCAUUCCACUGCCUCCUCUAACUCCACCACCGGCGAGAUCGUCCUUCCUCCCGCUCCUCCGUCCGUGAUUCAAGUCCAACUACAGCCAGUGGCGGUGCUUCUUCGACUCCAUCCUCGGCAAGUUCGGCUUGGUGACACACGUCUCGUCCCGUCGCCCCUCGACGAGCCCGACACCGAGUGGCUGCAGACCGAGCACUGCGUCGUCAACUGGUUCUACACGACGUUGCACAAGUGUGUCUUCAACAUCGUCUACAAGCCGCGCGCCUCCGCCUUCACCAUCUGGGUGGACAUUGAAGGGCUCUUCCGCGACAACAAGAUGCAGCGCGCUGUGUACCUGGAGGCCGAGUUCCGCAGCCUCCGUCAAGACGACAUGAGCAUCACCGACUACACCACGCGCCUCAAGACCCUCGCCGAUAGCCUCCGCUACCUCGGCCAGCCCGUCUCCCAACCCAGCCAGUGCUCAAUCUCAUUUGGGGUCUCCAUCCGAGGUAUCGCCAUCUCAAGCGAGUGGUACCUGGACCAGAACGGUGACGCUCCGAUGUGA